CGGAGAUGGCUGCAGGUUGCCGGGGGCCCGCCUGCCCUUCCUGGAGGCUUCACAUUUCCAGAGAGCUGAGGCGGAGAGACCGGGAGCAGCGGCAGGUGUUUGAGGAGCUCAUCUCACAGUAUAAAAGGCUGCUGGAAAAGUCCGACCUUCAAUCUGUUUUGGCUGACAAACUGCAAGCAGAGAAAUAUGAGCAGCAGAGCCGCCAUGACAGCAGCCCUGGCCCAGAUGGGAUGCGUAAUGAUAUGCUAUUGCAGGACAUGGCCCAGAUGAGGAUAAAACACCAGGAGGAGCUCACCGAACUUCAUAAAAAGAGAGGGGAGCUUGCUCAGACAGUCAUAGAGCUGAACAAUCAGAUGCAACAGAAGGACAAGGAAAUCCAAGCCAAUGAAGAAAAGAUAGCGAAGUACUUGCAGACAAUCCAAGAUCUGGAAACUGAAUGCCAGGAUUUAAGGAACAAGCUGCAAGAACUUGAACGUGCCAAUCAGACCCUUAAAGACGAGUACGACGCUCUGCAGAUUACUUUUACUGCUCUGGAAGAUAAAUUACGGAAGACUACAGAGGACAACCAGGAACUGGUGUCUCGCUGGAUGGCAGAGAAAGCUCAGGAAGCUAACCGGCUCAAUGCAGAAAACGAGAAGGACUCAAAGAGGAGACAGGCCCGACUUCAGAAAGAGUUAGCUGAAGCAGCCAAGGAACCUUUGUCCUUUGAACAUGAUGAUGAUAUAGAGGUGCUGAAUGAUAAUGCAGACCCUGUGGGAGACAGUGCGGGGGCACAAGCCACAGGCCGGAACAUCAGUAAGCGAAACUCUCAGCCUGCCGUAGGAGGCCUCCUGGACUCUAUCACUAAUAUCUUCGGCUUGUCUGAGUCUCCCUCCUUGAGUCAUCGUUCUGACAGUUCCAGGAGACGGUCUUUAAAUUCUUUCCCUGCCUCACCGGAUUGUGCAGAUACCCCCGGAGCUGGAAACAGAGAGGUCAGGGUUCCUGCUACAGCGGUUUAUUCCUUUGAUGCCCAUGAUGGAGAAGUUAAUGCUGUGCGAUUCAGCCCAGGCUCCCGUUUACUGGCAACAGGUGGAAUGGACCGGAGGGUGAAACUCUGGGAUGUGAUUGGAAAUAAAUGUGAAGCAAAAGGUUCUUUAACAGGCAGCAAUGCAGGAAUUACCAGCAUCGAAUUUGACAGUGCUGGUUCCUACCUUUUGGCUGCUUCGAAUGACUUUGCCAGCAGAAUCUGGACAGUGGAUGAUUACAGGCUUCGGCACACGCUAACUGGACAUAGUGGGAAAGUUCUAUCUGCCAAAUUCCUACUGGACAAUGCCCGCAUUGUGUCUGGAAGUCACGACAGGACAUUAAAGCUGUGGGACCUGCGCAGCAAAGUUUGCAUUAAGACUGUCUUUGCUGGUUCUAGCUGUAAUGACAUAGUUUGCACGGAGCAGUGUGUCAUGAGUGGUCAUUUCGACAAAAAGAUUCGGUUCUGGGAUAUAAGAACAGAAUGUAUUGUGCGGGAACUGGAGUUGCAGGGCAGAAUCACGGCUCUAGAUCUGAAUCCUGAAAGGACACAGCUACUUAGCUGCUCUCGGGAUGACCUUAUCAAAAUCACUGACUUGCGUGCCAAUGCUGUGCAGCAAACCUUCAGUGCCCCGGGCUUUAAGUGUGGAUCAGACUGGACUCGGGUUAUAUUUAGCCCUGAUGGCAGUUAUGUGUCUGCUGGUUCGGCAGAAGGAACACUUUACUUCUGGAACGUCCUUACAGGAAAAGUGGAGAGGAUGUUUAGCAAGCAACACAGUUCCUCUAUCAAUGCUGUGGCUUGGUCACCCUCUGGGACACACGUGGUCAGCGUUGACAAAGGAAGCCGUGGAGUGUUGUGGUCUGACUUUUGAUUGCCAUAGGUUUAAACUAUUUCCUUGAGGUCAGUGGCACAGUGGAGAUGUGGCUCUAUGCUACUUUUGUUUGUAAUGGCUCAGUGCCAACGCCAAGCUCUUCCUGUGACGUCAUUGAUGUUUGGCAGCAAGCACAGAAGAUGUAGCUUGGGUCUUCCUCCCACCUCUGACAGGAGUCAUUCACAUCUAAAUAUUCCUUUCAGAGAGAAUACACCAGGCUUCAUAUACAAAGCCUGCCUUUUACUUUGCUUGGUUUUAAAUGACGAGUGGCAAUCGGACGUUUGCUUCAAAGGCUUCAGUGUGACUUUUUAAACAGCUGUGUACUGAAAACUUUCCCUAACCGGUUAUGUAACAAUGACAUCUGUUUACUGCUAAAAUCCAUUUUAUACCCCUGCAUCUGGCCUGUUAUCUCUAAUGUUGGCAUUAUCUUGUACUUCACCGAAGAAGAGCUCAACCUGAUUGUGGUGCAAUCUAUAACAAGAAAGAAAUCCUAUAUUUUUAUUCUUAUGUAUUCAGCAGCAGCAUUUUGUUCUUAUGUUUCCUUGAUGGGUUACU